GACACUGAAGCUUGAGAUGAAAGAAGAAGGUUCACAUCAAACUGUAUCUCUGUGAGAAUAUAAAAGAACCUAAAGUAACGAAUAUCUGUUUCCUUCUCUUUCCCGUCAUCACCAGACCCACAUGGAUUCUAUGAGUAUAACCACCGGGAUGUGGGCUGUGGUGCUUUUCUUUCCUGUGGUCAUCACCACCGCACUCUGUCUGGGCUGCAGGAAACGGACACUCACGCGUAUUCCCCAGAACGUGGCUAACUAUGAAUCCAAGAACUAUUUCACCCAUCCUUCUACGUCAAGCUUUAUGGUGCUGGGACCUAACUAUAUGCAGCGGACAUUACCCUCCCCAACAGUGGUGUCCCCUCCAUGCCAUUCUCUGAUGGUGUCUCCUGUCCUUGCUGAAAGUCGUAGAAGCUCUGUGGGGAGGGUCACUCAGCAGGACAAUGAGAGUGCGCCUGACUAUGAAAACAACCCUUCAUCAUCAUCAUGCAACGUUGAUGAUGAGGAAAACCACUCCCUUGGUUACAUCCAGGUGCUCCCAGAUGAUAAUGUGCCAAGUGCUGAGCAGCCGGUGAUUAUGUCCUACUCCCGGGAUGACGAGGAUAGCAUCUCCUCUGCCACUUAUGAACAGUAUGUAAAUGAGGGAAAUCAACCAGUUUCACAAGGGGACAGCAUGGAAUACGUCAACUUGGUCGAGGAGACUUGCAAACAUUGUGGCACCAGUGGACAGAAUGUCAAAGAAGGGAACGCACGAGACUCACAAGGUGAGAGUCUGGAAUAUGUGAAUCUGAUGGAGGAGGUGGUGGCUGUGGACAAACAUUCCGAUAAUGAAGAGGAGAUGCCAGACUAUGAGAACAUAGAGAACAGCUGCAAAGGUUAGGAUGUGAGUGUCAAUCUGCCAGGGAGUGGAUUGGGUUUUCCCACCAGAUUUUCAGCCAACGACAUAUUUUCAGCCUGAGAUAGAUCACUGGGGAUACCCCAUGCUAUGUCCCCAAUACCUUCCUUCACUGGGUAUGUCAGUGCCUUCAGCAUCGAUACACUGGCGUCAGACUUUCCCAUUCAGUUUGUAGCUGAACCAACCCAUUGGACUUGCUGAACACUUUGCAGUUCUCAUCCGUCCAACCUAUGGAUCUCAUUCAUUGCUUCCAGCAAAGGUCACUGCCAGUCAAGGUAAUGAACAUGGGUUUCCUUUGACACAAUAUCCCUGAUAACAAUGUUAACAAGGGCCUAAGGCCUAAGACUGGUCCCCACAGACAUUCCAAGGACAAUGUGGAGUCCAUCACUUGAAGCUGUAGUCAAGAUACUGUCUUGGACAAAGUUGUCCUCCUCCAUUUGAGCAGAACUAGUGGCCUUCAGAGAAGAACAAUGAUGGGAUUUCCUUCUUAUCUCCAAUUUAUUGGAACUUUUCAACAUUCCUUAAAAAUGUGUUUCUUUUUUAUUUAUUCCAUUUGCAUCUGUCCAUGUCUUCUUCUGUUUGAGCAUUGGCCUGACAAGCUCCUGAGAUGUACCCAGCUUGAAGGACUUUAGAGACAUUUUAGAGUUUAGAUCUGUUAAGUGACCUUUUUUUAAUUAAGGCAUACUUUCUUUUAUCUGAGAUAUUUUCUUGUUUUGUGUUUUUUGCCCAUAGAGGGGCUGGAUUUAGUUAAUUUGCUUAGUAAUAAUUAAGGAAAUGCACAAUUUAGAUGCCUGAUAAUGCAAUGAAAAUAAAUGUUUUUGGUCACUUGUCUUUAUAACGAGUGUUGCACAUA